ACCAACACCUCUGUCUCUCUCUCUCUCUCUCUAUUUACUUCUUCUCCCAUGUCUCCAACAAAGUUGCAUCAAUAACCUCACCCUCUUUUCGAUCCUCAAUUUUCUCUCUCUAACUUUCCCUCUCUAAAUUCUCUAUCUAAAUUUGUAUAUCUCUAAAUUCUUCUUCUAAGUCUAAGUUUGUGCUUAUCAGUGAGUUAAAAACAGUUCCAACAAUUAAACAUGUGUGGGAUACUUGCCGUUUUGGGCUGCUCAGAUGAGUCUCAGGCCAAAAGGGUUCGAGUCCUCGAACUCUCUCGCAGAUUGAAGCAUCGCGGUCCAGACUGGAGUGGGCUAUACCAGUAUGGUGACUGUUAUUUAGCUCAUCAACGGCUAGCGAUCAUCGAUCCUGCUUCCGGUGAUCAGCCUCUCUUCAAUGAGGACAAGUCCAUAGUCGUCACUGUAAAUGGAGAGAUAUACAAUCAUGAGCAGCUAAGAAAGAGUUUGCCCAAUCACAAGUUUCACACUGGAAGUGAUUGUGAUGUCAUUGCCCAUCUGUAUGAAGAACAUGGGGAAAAUUUUGUGGACAUGUUGGAUGGAAUGUUUUCGUUUGUGUUACUUGACACCCGUGACAACAGCUUCAUUGUUGCUCGUGAUGCUAUUGGGAUCACUUCCCUCUAUAUUGGUUGGGGACUUGAUGGGUCUGUUUGGAUUUCAUCCGAACUGAAAGGUUUGAAUGAUGAUUGUGAGCAUUUCGAGAGCUUUCCUCCUGGUCACUUAUACUCCAGCAAACAAGGCGGUCUUCGCAGAUGGUACAACCCUCCUUGGUUCUCCGAGGCCAUUCCAUCAACCCCAUAUGAUCCACUUGUUCUCAGACGUGCUUUUGAGAAUGCUGUAAUUAAGAGGCUAAUGACUGAUGUGCCUUUCGGAGUUCUGCUAUCCGGAGGCCUAGAUUCAUCGUUGGUUGCCUCUAUCACUGCCCGCCAUUUGGCAGGCACAAGGGCUGCCAAGCAAUGGGGCACACAACUCCAUUCCUUCUGUGUUGGUCUUGAGGGUUCACCAGAUUUGAAGGCUGCAAAAGAAGUUGCGGAUUAUUUGGGAACCGUUCACCAUGAGUUUCAUUUUACUGUUCAGGAUGGCAUUGAUGCCAUUGAAGAUGUUAUUUAUCAUAUCGAAACAUAUGACGUGACAACAAUCAGAGCAAGCACCCCUAUGUUCCUUAUGUCGCGUAAAAUUAAGUCGCUAGGAGUGAAGAUGGUCAUUUCUGGUGAAGGCUCUGACGAGAUUUUUGGUGGAUACUUGUACUUCCACAAGGCACCUAACAAGGAAGAGUUCCACCAUGAGACAUGUCGCAAGAUAAAGGCCCUCCACCAGUAUGAUUGCUUGAGGGCUAAUAAAUCAUCAUCUGCCUGGGGGUUGGAAGCUCGUGUCCCCUUCUUGGACAAGGAAUUCAUCAACGUUGCAAUGAGCAUUGACCCCGAGUGGAAGAUGAUUAAGCGAGACGAAGGCCGCAUGGAAAAGUGGGUUCUGAGGAAGGCCUUUGAUGACGUAGAGCAUCCCUAUCUGCCAAAGCAUAUUCUCUAUAGGCAGAAGGAGCAAUUCAGCGACGGUGUCGGCUACAGUUGGAUUGAUGGCCUCAAAGCCCAUGCGGCACUACAUGUGACUGAUAAAAUGAUGUUUAAAGCGGCAAAUAUCUUCCCCCAUAACACCCCAACCACAAAGGAAGCUUACUACUACAGAAUGAUUUUUGAGAGGUUCUUCCCACAGAACCCGGCCAGGCAAACUGUCCCGGGAGGAGCAAGUGUGGCAUGCAGCACGGCCAAAGCUAUCGAGUGGGAUGCUUCUUGGUCGAACAACCUCGAUCCUUCUGGCAGAGCAGCACUGGGUGUCCAUCUUUCAGCUUAUGACAACAAACCACCUGCCGCUGCUAACGGAAAUUUGAUGCCAAAAAUCAUCGACAACGUGCCGCAGAUAAUGGAAGUUGGUGCUCCGGGACUCACAAUCCGAAGCUAAUGUCCAUUCUGGAGGACGGUUCAUAUGUGCGAGUUUUAGGGUAGAACUUGCAGCAUAUGUGGUAAUAUAGAUGCCCUGCUGGUGUACUGUAAUAGGUGAUAUGUAAAAGUGAUAAUAAUAUUUGGUGUUGUGAUAUUUAAGCCUUGAUCACUAUCAGCAUGUUGUUUUUUGGAUGCAAGCUUUUGAAGUUUACCAUCAAUAUCUUGUAAUUCGUUUAAAUGGAAGGCUUUCAAAUGUUCCUUUGCUUUGA